GUUUGCUUACCAAUGGAUGAUGAAGAAGCAUUGGCUGGGAAUGCUUCUGGAAAUGAGAGCGAGAGCGACGUUUCGUCAAUGGCGAGUAAUCUCCAUGAUGAUGAGAUCGUCUCUUGGUAUUUCUCGAAAGAAGAGAUCGAAACUAACUCACCGUCAAGGCGAGAUGGUAUUGAUUUGACCGUGGAAACUCGCCUGCGCAACUCCUACUGUGCAUUUUUGGCAAAUCUCGGCAGAGUAUUGAAAGUUCCCCAGGUAACGAUAGCCACUGCUAUGGUAUUCUGUCACCGAUUCUUCAUUCGUCAGUCGCAUGUCAAGAAUGACAGAUGGACGAUUGCAACAGUCUGCAUGCUCCUAGCUGGGAAGGUUGAAGAAACUCCAUUGGAUUUACAAGAUGUCAUUGUUGCCUUUUAUGAAGUAAUACACAAGAAGGAUCUUGCUCGUUCUCAGAGAAAGCAAGUUUAUGAGCAAAAGAAAGAUCUCAUAUUAAGGGGAGAGGAGCUUGUUCUUUCUACAUUAAACUUUGAUAUCCAUAUUGUGCACCCUUAUAAACCUCUUGCAGAAGCAAUGAUGAGAUAUAUGCUUCCAAAGGCUAAUGCCCAACUUGCAUGGAAUUUUGUCAACGAUAGUCUGCGGACCUCUCUCUGCCUGCAGUAUACGCCUCAGCACAUAGCGGCUGGUGCUCUUUUCCUUGCUGCUGAUGUCCAAAAAGUGAACUUAAAAUUAUAUGCAGAGGUCUUAUGUCAAGAUUUUGGUAUCACAACUUGUCAACUAAAGGAUAUCCAAGGCCAAAUGCAUGAUCUUUAUGAGAGAAAGCAUAUUCCUACAUCUCAAGAAAGCUUAGCUGAAAAUACUGGUGGUGUAGCCGUAGUGCAUCAACCAGUAUCCGGAGAUACGGCUUCCAAAGAUAAGUGUCCAAGUUCUGAUAUUGAAGGAGGCUCAACCAAAGCCAAUCCAAGCCAGAGCAAUGAUCAUUCAGUGCACGAUGGGUCUAGACCUGAAGGCAUUGGCGAGGAGGACUCAAAAAGUGAAGCUGGAAAGAAUCGAGAUGACCAUUCUGUUCGUACUAUAAUUGCUGAGACAAGUGAUAAUGUUGGGGUCAGCCCAUUGGAGUAAGACUUGCAAGUGCAUCAAGAGGAGGUGGAGGCUUAAACAAGAGAAAUAGAAGAUUUCAUUUGACCACAGGAUUUAGCAGUACUGUAGUGUGUUUUUUUUUCCCCCGUCGGAUUUAGCGAAGUUAACCACAGGAUUUUAUUUUUGCAUUAAAUUAGCAAUAUAUUUAGCCACCUCCUCAGCAAUAUAAUUAUAAUUUGAAUUUC